GCUUGAAGAGUCUCAAAUAGGGAUUCGAUCAAACAGGUUUUUGAAUUGAGCAUAAGUCAAUGAUUAGAAACCCAAAUUCGCAAGUCGAACACUCGGACUAAUACAAGACAGACGUGUAGCAAAUACCAAUGCUACAACAGGCAGUAGCAUCAACUCAGACUCAAUUGGGCUUACCAAUCUUACCUCAGGACCGGGCUUGCUUGUCUAAUGUGGUUCACUUGGUUAGUGAGCAAUUUAUCUUGUGAAUUGUAUUAAUUAAUAAAUGAGCUUCCCUAAGUGUAAAAAAGCUUUGGUAGACGACCUAAGGCAAACACUUUCUCGUUUCCUAAUGGUCCUCUCUCGUUCACCUAACACUCCUCUCAUCUCCUAUUUCUAAUUCAUCAAAACAUUAUUAGGCGUUUUUUAAAUUAAAAAAAAAAAAAAGAAAAGAAAUUGUUUUCUGUUGUCUCUCGAAGAACAAUGUCUCAGCUUCUCUUCCGUCUCUCCAAACUCUCUUCCCGGAAGGAUGUGCUUCAGAUACACAAGAGCGUUCGCUUGUUUUCAACCAGCCCGUAUUUGACACUUGGCAGCAUUGGUGAAGACUUGCCAGGAGAAGGCGGCGGCUACAUCGGGGAUAUCCUCUUGUUCGAUCCUGCCAAGGAAGAGUUAGUCACAGUCCGGGACAAAACAAUACCGGAAGAUCUCGUUAACUCGAGACUGGUCGGAGCUUCACAUGGAUGGACAUUUUUCUCUGACCGAUGCAAUCAUAACUCUGUACGUAUCUGCGACCUUUUCAAUCCCCUGGCUUCCAAAUCAAAGACCAAGAUUAUUCCUCUGCCUCUGCUUACUACUAUGAUCUAUGGCCAAACAAAAGUGGUCUGGAACGUGGCAAUGUCUUCAUCUUCUCCUCACCAAGACAACGAGGAAGAAGACUGUGUAGUGGCUAUCAAUUUCUUGGGUAACCAAUUGAGUCUGUGCAGGCCCGGUCGUGACCUCGGUUGGACUAACAAACAAAUCCCUUUCGUCUGCUCUGAAAACUCAAAUCUCAUGUAUUCAAAGAGAGAUCAACGUUUCUAUUUGCCUGCUCCUGGAGGCAACUACCUGUGCUCUUGGGAUCUCCACUUCGAUAGCGAUCCUAAGUUCAAUGAGUUGGUGUUUCUGAACCUCCCUGAGCUGCCACAGUUCGGGUGGGAGCUGCUGAAUUCUUGUUUUAAGGAGGACCAUUGGGUGGAGUCACCUUCUGGCCAAAGUUUCUUAAUCAAAUGGUACUCUAACGUCCCUUCUAAACGACACAAAGAUCCGAUACUGAUGGUGUUUACAGAGGAAGAAGACACAAAAGAGGGAACAAGGAACAUGUGUUGUCUCUUGCUUGAAGUCUUCAUAUGAUCUUAGUCUUGAUGGUCUACUGAGUUCAAACUUUUUUUGCAGUCAAGAGGGAGACACAAUAACUUGUCUCGACAAGUCUCUUUGGUUUACUAGGAAGCAGCUGGAGUCACUGUUAAUUUCUCGUAUUCUUGGUGGUCAAAGAAAAGACCGGUCUUCAAAAAACAAGGAGUAACAUAUACACACAUUCAUGCAAAUGGCGUUUGUGUAGAUAUAUAAUGCAUGAUCUGUGUGUUAUUUGUUUGCUUUCCAAGUAAUUUACAGUUAGAAACCCUAUAACUUUAUUAAAUAUAUGUUAACUAUCUUCCUUAAGGUCGAAUCCAUUAUAAUAGAAAG